AUGCGUAAACUCAUCCUGGAUACCAUCGCUGGUCGCAGAGUGUCCUCAAUCGUAGCCUGCAUCCUCGUACUGUUGCUCCUAGAGUACAUCACGUGUCGGUUCAUACUUGCUAGAGUGUCGUACACUGAGAUAGACUGGAAGGCUUACAUGCAGGAGGUUGAGGGUUGGCUGGUCGAUGGCGAUACGAACUACUAUCAUCUCAAGGGUGAUACCGGGCCCUUAGUAUACCCAGCAGCCUUCCUGUACUUGUACGCUAUCCUGAGGUGGAUAGCCGGUGGGGACGGCACGGAUAUCCCGGCGGCUCAGCAGGUUUUUCUCUGGCUCUAUCUGGUCACUGUCGCUAUCGUACUCGUGUGUUUGGCGUAUGCUGGCAGGAAGAAGUCAGUUCCACUAGUCUACUAUGCACUU